GUCAUAAUCCACGGUAAUCCGAACAACAAUGGUCCGCUAUAUGAGAACAUUAGAAAAGAUUAUAAAGAAUGCGAAUGGUAUAAAAUGAUGACAUUUCCAAUUGUUUUAUUUCUUCUCUUCCCAACUCAAAUCAAUCACCACAAGUUCCACAACUUUCUUCACUCACUAAUACUUACUCAACAUGAUCGCUAAACCAGCUUCAAUCUUUGUCUUGGCUUUGGCCGCAAUUGGCGCAGUUUCUGCUUCUCCUUUGAACCGUCGUGACAACCCACCUACUGGAGAUUUGACAGGAACAGCAGAAUGGUCAAACUUUGACGGCACUUCUGCAUGCGGAACUACCCUCCCUGCCGAUCAACCUCUUGUGGGAAUCGAUGGUAACCUUUUCAAUCAAAUCACAGAACCAUGUGGACGUAAAAUCACAAUCACCGCGCCAAAUGGUGUUUCAAAACAAGCAACAAUUCAAGAAUCUUGCGGUGAUGGUUGUUCGGAGAACGGUUUAUUAUUAACCACAGGCUUAUUCUCUGACUUUUAUAGUCUUGAUAAAGGUACAUUCCAAGCUACUUGGCAUUUCGAUUAA